UGAGUGCCACCUUGCUGUUGAAAUCUCUGCACCCCUUCCGGCUCUGCCUGCUCCUUUGCCUGCUUGCUUCCCCUCGCUCAGGGGGAAAGGUCAACGGCGUCCUGGAGCCUCCGUGUCACUCUCUAACAGCCAUGAACUGCAGCGAGAGCCAACGCCUGCAAACCGUCUUGAACCACCUUCUGCUGGAGCUGCACCAUCGGGGCAAUGCCAGCGGCUUGGGCAUCGGCCCCGGCCCGAGCAUGGGCAUGGGGGUCGUACCUGACCCUUUCGUGGGCCGUGAGGUGACCAGCGCCAAGGGCAAUGAUGCUUAUUUCUAUAUACUACUCAUCAUGAUCUUCUACGCCUGCAUAGCCGGAGGCCUCAUCCUGGCCUACACCCGCUCCCGCAAGCUGGUUGAGGCCAAGGAUGAGCCACCCCUGGCCUGUGUCGCCCAGCAGGAAUGGGUCCCCUCCGCCGGUGCAUCCGCUGACCCGGAGAACGGUCAGGGCUUGCUGGCUGAGGGCGGCCACCAGUUCGCACCGGGGGCGCUGCCUGCGCUGGCUCAGGGCGCUGAGCGGGUCUAGAUCCACUGCCCACUUCAUUUUGUUUAUCUCUGGGCCUGGCUCCCGCGCUUUUACUGCCCUUCCAGAGCUUGCUUUACCCGAGGCCCAGACGAUGAGGAGAGGUCAGAACCCUUCAAGGCAAGGUCCUGGAAGGAGAAGCCACUGCCUUACUCACACCUGACCAUUUUUUCUCUUCCCUCCCUUCCAUGCCUGCACCCCUACCCCACACAUCCAACUGAAUUAAAUUGCCUCUGCUCUCUUGUCUUCAGCCAGCCCCAACACCAUGCUCCAGCCUUCUCGGAACAGAAUCCAGCACGUCCAACACUUGGCACUGGAUUUGAAGCAACGAAGU